UGCAACGAAACCUGGUGUAAUAUCUAUGGGAGGAUGCGCAUUAUUGUUGCAAAACUGGGCAUGGUAUCGUUUGUCUUGUGUCGCUCCUGAAUCUCCCAAACCAUGGAUAUUUCCACUUGCACAGAGGUUUAAUUCUGGUGGUCUAAAUUUUGCUAAAGUUCCUCAUAACGACGUAGAAGGAUAUCGAAAAACAAUUGAUCACAUGAUGGUUGAGGAAUUUUAUUGGAGACCUUAUCUCGGGUUCCAACAUGAAGUUUCAGAAGAAGAUAGGGCCACUUGGAGUGCAUGUACUUAUCUACUCUGUUAUCAUAUUGUUGAAAAACAUCAUACAGAUAGGGUCACACUCCAGUUUGGUUUACAUCAACAAAUACCACAACCACCAGAGGACAUGAAAUCGUAUCACGAGGUCGACAUGAGGCGUGGGAUUGAUGAUAAUUGGACUUGGGUUUGGAGGGAAGAAAUAAACCAUUGGAAUGAGCGCCAUAAUUACGUGUUGCAAGGUAACAUCGUACAAGGUGUUUUAUGUCAUAGCACAGAAUAUAUGAUUUGGUUUAGACAACACACCAAAUUGUUUAUAUCUGUAGAACAAUAUCUCCGUGAUCCCCGUUUACAACCGCCGUCAUAUCCUCGUGUGCAAUCGACCUCCCAAUCAACCCCACAACACCAAUACACAGCAGGACAAUCUUCAUCAUCACCUCACAUACACGUCGCUACUGAAGAUGGGCUUCUCUAUAAUUUGUUUGGAACUCAGUGCACAACUCAUGAGUCGGCAUAUGUUGUAUUUGAUUCAAUGUAUAAUCAACAAUCGCAAAAUUUAAUGGAAGCAGGUGGCAGUGGUUCUAAUCCAUCUACAUCUUACAUUGAAGAAAAUGAUCAAAAUGACGAUGAACCGGAAGAACCGCAACUUGUUCAGAGAGCUAGACGAGUUCGACGACAUCGUGAUGGAAAAAUAUUUUGCAUUAUUGAGAUAGUUAUUUAUGGUUUUUCCCAACAAAGUAGCAUCAAAGCUCAGAAGAUUCUUAUGGAAGACAUGUUAUACAAUAAAGAUUUGUAUGAUCCUAUUGAAGAUGGUGAGAAUGUAACUGAUGAUCAUGUACCUCACCAUAAAGAACGUCAACCUUCUCAAAGAUAUCCUCCACAUGAAUAUGUGAUGAUUACUCAUAGUGGAGAGUUAGAGUACUAUCAAGAAGCUAUGACAAAUGUUCAUAAAGAAAAAUGGUUGAAGAUCAAUGCAAGAAUAGAUGAACUCCUUGAAUGA